GCACACAGCUGCCUUGAAUCACAGCAGCAUCUUCUCUGAAGACUUGCUACAGCACGACACAGAGAGAAGAGAAAAACGAAGCCAGGAGAGGCUGACGGAGAAGAGAAAAGGGACAGAACUCAGACAACCAAAGACCAGCCAGUGACAAGAUGCUCUGCAAAGCACAGAGACUCUCACAAUACGGACAUGUCAUCCGAAGGCUGCACAAAUCUGCCCUGGAAGUGGUGGAGCGCCCCGCCCCCGAGGAAACUGUAACCGGCAGCUUCGGCAGCUUCAUCCAGAGCGUGCAGCCAGAGCAGCUGUCGCAGAAAGUGCUGCAGCGCAGCAAGAGGAUGGUGUUGGACAGCAUUGGCGUGGGCCUCCUGGGCAGCACCACAGAUGUGUUUGAACUGGCCCUGCAGCACUGCCAGCAAAUGUAUGCCCCGGAUGAUAUCAGCUCUGUCUACGGCCGUGCUAGGACCAAACUGUCUCCAACUCUGGCCGCCUUUGUCAAUGGAGUGGCGGCUCAUUCCAUGGACUUCGAUGACACCUGGCACCCGGCUACUCAUCCCUCAGGAGCGGUGCUACCCGCCCUGCUGGCCAUCAGUGACAUGAUGCCUCGGAACAGCAAGCCCAGUGGGAUCGAGUUCCUGCUGGCGUUCAACGUGGGCAUUGAGAUCCAGGGCAGGCUGAUGAGGUUUUCCAAUGAAGCUCACAACAUUCCCAAGAGGUUUCAUCCCCCCAGUGUGGUUGGCACGAUGGGCAGCGCUGCAGCUUGCGCUCGCCUCCUGUCACUGGAUCGCACUCAGUGCAGCCAUGCCUUGGCUGUAGCUGCAUCACUGGCUGGCGCACCCAUGGCUAACGCAGCUACACAGUCCAAGCCGCUGCACAUCGGCAACGCAUCCCGGCUGGGACUGGAAGCAGCGCUGCUGGCAUCUCGUGGGUUGGAAGCCAGUUCGCUGGUCCUGGACUCUGUGCCAGGUGUGGCCGGCUUCAGUGCCUUCUACGAGGACUACGCCCCCCGGCCAUUGCCCUCCCCUGAAGAAGUUGAGCCCAUGUUCCUGCUGGAAGAGCAGAACAUGGCCUUCAAGCGGUUCCCUGCUCACCUGGCCAUGCACUGGGUGGCGGAUGCAGCAACCUCGGUGCGCAAGUUGCUGGUAGGCUCCGGUGAUGGCACCCUCUUCCCCAGCAUUAUUCAAGACAUUCUGCUGCGUGUCCCUCGCUCCAAGUACAUCAAUAGGCCUUUCCCCGAGUCAGAGCACGAGGCCCGGCACUCCUUCCAGUUCAACGCCUGCACGGCACUGCUGGAUGGCGAGGUGAUGGUGCAGUCAUUCCAUCCAGAUGCACUGCAGCGGCCUGAGCUGCACGCUCUGCUUUCCAAGGUGCGCUUAGAGCACCCCGAUGACAACCCUGCUAACUUCAACCGCAUGUAUGGCGAAGUGGAGGUAACGCUGGUCAACGGCGAUGUGUUCAAGGGCCGCUGCGACACCUUUUAUGGGCACUGGCGCAAUCCACUAACCAACGAUAGCCUACAGAAGAAGUUCCGUGCCAAUGCUGGCACUGUGCUGCCCCCCGAGAAGGUUGAGGGCCUAAUCGAGACCGUCGAACACCUAGACCAGCUAGGGGACUGUAGCCCCCUUCUUGCUCAGAUCCAGUAGAGCAGCCAGGCUGUAGGGUAUGGUACAGAAUAUAACCACUUCCACCAGUCCAGGAACUCUGCUGUGGAGAGGGAAGAAAACACUCCCACAUGUUACAUUAAUGUGUUCAAUGUCAUUUAAUGAGCACGACAAUGCAGCACUUCAUUUUAUGGUGAUUUAUUAUGUCUUAAUACUGUAUAUAUAAAUAAGUCAUAUAAGGCCUUGUUGGAAAUUAACAUGAGCGAAACAGGCAAAUUUGGAUUUUCUCACAUAUGGAAAUGAGCAUGCAAACAGUGAUUAAAAUAUUUCUGAUGGUGAAUACGACCAGUUUGUUACAAUUUCAUUUUUUUUUCCCGAACAGUCGAAAUUGUGUUCCUAAAAGCCUUGUUCUUUGAAAUGGCAAUGUUUUACAUUAUAAAAGUAUAUUUGCUAGUUGAUGGGAUGCUGCUCAGAAGCUCAGCAAUCAAAUGUAUUUCUGCUUCUCUUGUAAAAAAUUAUGUAUUCAAUUUUUUUGUGUAAAAAAGGAAUACUGAAUACAGAAGAACUACAGAAGAACAUGUACAGUUGCAUCAUUUUCGGGUGUGAAACAUUUUGUGGCUGUAUAUUACUGUUUAGUUGUUGCUGACAACUUCUCAUUUUAAAUAAAUUUUUCUCAUUUUAAAGAAAUUAUCUGUUUGUUUAUAUUCACCGAGCUCAUGUUUCUCGUAAAGGAAAUAAUUUCUUAGCACACAUAGCCCAUUUCAGCAACUGUGCAGACUCUUGAACAGGUAC